AUGUUUGUCGGGUGUAGGAUGAUGCAGCCGGCAGUGCUGGGUAGAAUACUUUGUGCUUUGGAUGAUCUCAUUUUGUGUCUUUUUCUGCGCCUUCCCAGCCGACCAAUCGUUGCUGUUGCUCAAGCCAGCAAAGGGCGAGGGCUGAUUGGUCGAGCGGCUGUUGAGCAGGAUCAAUGCUCCCUCACGGAGGUCACGAUUGGUCGCCGCAGGGUGCGCGCGCCCUGCUGCCCCUCUCGGCGACAUGUGACCUUGAGGGCAAGUGACUGUCGUGCGCAGGCAGCACUUGGCCGACAGUCGACCAAUCACGAGGCGGUCGGGUGCAAGCCGACGCAGUCCGACUGGUGGGCCCGACGGCCCGACCGCUCAACGGCUGCUCAGACCGACCGGUCCGCUCGGCGGGCAGCCGGGCGGACGCAGAGGGUCGGGUGCGGUCGCGUCUCGCCAUUGGACAGGAGGCCGGAGGCGGCCCUCUUCGGGAGCGUCGACCCGUGCCGCUCCACUUCUGCUCGCCGUGCCUACGUGCACAGCACCUCCGAGUGA